GGCCUGGUCGGUGUAAAAAGCUCAGCCUCUGCUCAUCCCUCUGUCUGUUUUUAAUGUAGUUCUGUGACAGAAGUGGCCUAGUUUGGCGCUUGGACUUGACACAAUGGAGCUUUUGAUACGGUGGGUGUUCUGUUUGGUUGCAGUCGCAGCACACUGGGCAAAUGCAGUAAGUUUUGGAUUUGUUGGAUUUGAAGACCCAAAUAAGCCUCAUGUUCCCAAACCAGGGAUGGGGCUUCUGAAGCCUUGGCCUCCAAGACUGGUGGUGAACCAGCCGCAGGUGAGACCACCAGGCCUAGUAUUCAUGCCUCCACCAACUUUAGCAACCCCAAGACCACCCGUGUUUGCAGUUGUAAAGCCCCAGAAACCCGCUGUCCGCCCCACUGACUACCCCCCUUUCCACCCCCCUCCUUAUACCAUUUACAGGCCGUGGAGGGUGCCUGCAAACACCCAAACGCAGUCGGGGCAAUCCCAAAACCUGCCCCAAAAACAACCGACCCAACUGCCCCAACAAACUCCACCUCAAGUUCCCGCAAAGGUUCCUGGACAAUACGGUGCUUACUGGGUCCAAGUACCGAGCUAUUUAAACUUGGGUCAACAGAAGCCUCAGGUAUUUGAACCCACUGUGGCUCCUCCGGCAACAAAAUCACCAAACUACCCAUUUCCACAAGCUCCUGGUAAUUCGUAUCAAAAUCUAUUCAUGCGACUAUUGUCCAAACCUACUGCGUUACCAGGCAAUGUGGUAAAACCAAGAAAAGAUGUUACAGAAAAGCCCACUCAGGUACCAGUUAAAGUAUAUGUGGGGCAACCAAUGAAUCCACCACCUAAAACACAAAUGGGAGGAGGAUUUGUCAACUAUGGGCAACCAAUGAAUCCACCACCUAAAACACAAAUGGGAGGAGGAUUUGUCAACUAUGGGAAACCACAGCAAGUCCCAGAACCACCUCAAGACGUAAGGGGACCACCGCUGUCUGACUUUCCAGCUUAUCCACAGUAUCCUCCAUAUAAGUUUGUUCCGCAUGUGCCAGGAUACUACAUCUAUCCUCUGUACCCUGAUAAUCAUCACAAUCCUCCUCCUCCUCCUUAUCAUCCUCUUCCCCCUCAUCAUCCUCUUCCCCCUUUUCCCCUGCCAGCAGAAAAACCAGCAUAUUCAAUAAAGGGACCUCCCAUCUUGCAGAAGGAAGAGAAGCCCAGCUUUCAGUGGUCCCCUGAAGGGCACUGGAUUCCAGUUUUUUCAAGUGAAUAAUCCACAAACAAAUCUUAAGUCACUUUAUAAUUUGGGUUUCACAAGACUACACCUGGCAGGUCCAAGUGCCAAUGUACCUGUCACUUUGGCCACAUGUCAAGCCAUCGUGCCACUCAGCAAGAUGACUUUUAAGGAACUACAGUUUGCGUUUUCACAAUCAAGAAUUUUACAAAUAAAAAAACACAGCAUUUUA